UUAAGUUUCAGUGCUUUAUUCAGAGUUGGGAAGUGUGUGUCGAAGAAGGAAAAAAAACAUGAAUGAUGAACGUAUGAAAAGAAGUUCAAAGACGAACGACCAAGACAAUUAUAAUUUACAAUGGUUUUAUCCAUCUUAUCAACUACAUCAAACUGCUAUGUAUCCGAUACCACAUUCAAUACCAAGUUUUACUUUCUCUAUGAGAGAAAAUAAGAAUGAAGAGCAGCCAUUCAAAUCUUUCACAAUAGAAAGUAUUCUACGACGUCCACAUCCCAACCAUUACGUCACUCCCAACAACUCAUUCUGUAUAAACACCAAUUGUUUUGGUAUGACUCAGUAUACGCCAUACUUCAGCUAUGGAGGAUAUUGGACCUCGCCUUUCUCUCACAACUUCACAGAUCCAAGACGCAAGGAAUUUUACUCGGAGAGAGAGAUUCUGAGAAGGCGAAACAGCCGACCUACGUUCAGCGGUCGUCAGGUGUAUUUGUUGGAAAAAGCAUUUCAGCACACGAAAUACCUUGCAGGUCCAGAGAGAGCUCAACUAGCGUACACACUGCACAUGUCUGAGAGCCAAGUUAAGGUUUGGUUUCAAAAUCGACGAACAAAAUGGAGAAAAAUGAACGCCCCAGUAAAUACAUCAACAAAAGAAAAUGAUCGAGGGGAAUCAGUGCCUCGCGAUGAAAAUGAAAAGGAAAUGAGCCGGAAAGGAGAGAUGAUUUAGUGUAAAUAUGACUGGAGAUAACUAAACGGAAUGUUGAAUCAAAAAAUGGAAAUACUUCCAACAAUGUACAUCAUGAAUGCAAUGUUUAGUCUCAAAAAUAUAAAACUGUGUUCAUAUA